UACUCAAUUCAUAAUAUGAAAUAUUGGAAGAGAAAGCUUAGAAAGGUACAAACAAGAAUCAAAGAAAUGACUAAUUCAGGAGAAAUCACUUGUUUCACUUUCCGCCAUGUGCCUGGCAAAACAUUUUCAUUCACAGAAAAUAAGGACAACUGCGACUUUCUUAUGAAAUGGGGUAUGAAGGAUACUUUGAAAAUUCAACUAUUUUCUUUUGAUCAAGCAUUUCAAUCUUAUCAGUACAAGACUCUGAUUAAUAGCUUUUUUAAUAAUCCAACAAUAAUUAGCAACUUGGAAAUUUGCUCAGCUAAUGGCUGGAGCAGACUUGGCCAAAGGCAUCCAAAGUUGACAUAGAGAUUGUACCCUGUACUCUCCUUUCUAUGGAAUUUUUUGAUCGAUUGAAAGAGAAUGGAGUUAUCUAUGAGAGUGGAAGAUUAUACAAAUGUUUUGAUGAGUAUUAUGAAAAUUU